AUGUGGGCGGAUAUCAUUUACGUUGUGCUAUUGUCAUUUUGUGUAUUUAUUGGAUUUAAUUACCGAAAAAUCGAAGAUCCAUAUGUGAAAAAAUGGACCAGCACAAUUCUCGGUCUCGCAUUAUCUCUAAUCGUCUCUGAAAGUCAAAUACUUCAUCUGUUAAUCAGCACUGCGAUUAACGCAGUAAUCAUAACCAAAAUCUCACCAAAGAAAUGUCAUGUGGUCAGCAUUUUUUUUUCAUUCUUCUAUCUACUUAUUAUAUUUCGAUUAGGGGAAUAUAUUGGUUUACGAGAAGCAUCAACUCAUACAAACCUCAUACUUAUGAUAUCAACCCUAAAAUUGUCUGGACUAGCUUUUGAAUUAAAUUCAGCUAGCAAUGCACCACCUGAUGAUGCAGAAGGAGUAAAUUCUGAAGCAUUAAAGGAUGUUGGAUUUAUGGAUGUGUUCCAUUAUACUUUCAGCUAUAUGGGACUUUUGACUGGACCAUAUUACAGAUACAGAACAUACUGGGAUCAUUUAUAUAGACCAUUUGCUAAAUAUGCUGAACCAUGGCCUGAGACACUUCACAAACUUAAACAAAUUGCUUGCUUUGUUGUAUUGUUUCUUAUAAUGAGCAAAUUAUACCCCACCAGAUAUGUCUUGACAGAGGAAUUUGCUGAACGGUCUUUCCUUUACAAACACUUUUACAUGUAUCCCACAUUUGCAACUUUUCGACUAAGAAUGUAUAUUGGCAUGGUUUUUGCUGAAUGUGCUUGCCAAAUGGCUGGGCUUGGCAUAUAUCCUGCACAGUCUAAACCCAUCAAAGGACUAGGACCUCGAGAUUACAAAACUAUCGAAACACUGUCUAAAACACCCGAGAAAUUGAAAGAGGUGGAAUACAACAGUGAUACUGUGCUCAAUAUGGAUAUUUGGAGACUAGAAUCCUGUCAAUCAGUGAGAACAGCUAUGAAAGUAUGGAAUGGUUGUGUUCAGUACUGGAUGGGUGUCUAUGUAUAUAAGAGAUUCCCACUGAAAAGUCUAAGGACUAUGGUUACAUUUAUACUGUCUGCUGUUUGGCAUGGUUGGGCACCUGGUUACUUAAUCUGUAUGUGUCAGAUUCCCGGCUUUAUGUUAACCGAUGAUCUAGUCAUGAAAUAUUAUAAUCAAAGUCCAAAAGAUAGUAUUGCUCAGAAAUUGUGGUACAUGUUUGGAUGGUAUGAAAAAACAACUUGCAUGGCAUAUUUGGGAGUGUCAUUUCUGUUACUAGAUUUCUAUGAUAUUAUGCAUUAUUAUAAAAGUGUGUAUUUCUCUGGACAGAUAAUAGCAAUUUUAAUGUACGUAUUUGUUCUCUGCUGCAAGCCAUAUCUUUUGAAGAGAACUACAGAAAGUAAGGACAAGGACAAACGUAGUCUGUGAUUUUUUUUGCAAUACAUAAAGCUGCAUGUCUCUUUAAUAUUUAGAUAUACAUAGGAGUAAUUAAAUGAAACGUGCAUUAUAACACGU